AAAAUAAAAUUUGCCGCUUCAAGGGUUAGGGUUUAAGCCAAAACCCCAGCAAUAACACACAGAAAACUGCAAACACCAGCAAAAGAGAGCACUGAAAAAUUCAUUUACACUUGAUGGCAAUUCUCUCAAGAAGACUUUAUCAUUCUCUUCUCUCAAACCCUAAUAUCUCUCACGUUUGUAGGCCCUUUUGCUCUUCCAACUUCUUUCCCUCUCAUCCCAAUUCUGACUCUGACGAGUCACCUGUCAACUCCGACGCCGACCCAGUUCAUGAUUCUUCGUCUUCACCAUCAUCAACACCGGGAUCCGGUGAGCCACGUGAGUUCUAUAAUCGCUCCCUGGAGAACGGCCUCGAUGUGGGCAUUUACAAGGCAAUAUUGGUGGGGCAGGUAGGGCAGAGUCCGAUACAGAAGAAGCUGAGGAGUGGUAGAACAGUGACGCUGUUUUCGUUGGGGACGGGCGGGAUUCGGAACAACCGGCGGCCACUGGAUAAUGAGGAUCCAAGAGAGUAUGCAAAUCGGUGCGCUGUUCAAUGGCACCGGGUUUCGGUUUACCUGGAGAGGUUGGGUGGGGUUGUCAUGAAGCAUGUUGCUCCUGGAUCAAUUAUAUAUAUAGAAGGAAAUUUGGAGCAAAAAGUUUUCAAUGAUCCGAUGACUGGUCUUGUUCGGCGUAUACGAGAGAUUGCAAUUCGUCGUAAUGGUCGCCUUGUGUUUUUGGGAAAUGGUGGUGAUUCCCAGCCUCCAUCACGAGGAGAAAUUAGAGGCGUUGGCUAUUUCUAAAUGCAUCAGUUGAAGUGGGAGCAACUGUUGGUUCAUUAAAACAUGAAUUCAAUUUUUAAUAUUGUAAUUAUAUUUUGACUUUGUUUUUAGGUACUUAUAAUGGGUCAGAAAUACACCGAUAUUCUGAAAAUGUUGCACAAAUGUUUUCUUUAUGUGCUAAUGUUGUUCUGCUUU